AUGAACACACCAAUAUUCAGUCGUGCACAGAAACAAAGUUCUGAAGUCUUAUCCCAAUUACCUGCCUCGGAUCCCCUACCAACAUCUCUCGCCUCAAUUCCUCAGGCAAAUACAUGCAUCCGUUGUAAAUCCAGAUAUGAGAACCAAUAUAAUCAUUGGUGCGAUGCAUGUGAAAUUCCAAUAAUUCAACAAAAUUUUCAAGAUUGGAGUUCUGAAGAUGAACAUUUGGAUAGAUUCAUCCGCGAAACUCAGUUAAACUGUUUUAAACCUCUUCAUAAUUCUAUUGGAGAGCUAGGAGGACUGCAACCGCCGCUAAGACUAAUUCCAUAUACUGAAUACUCAGAUGUGUCUUUGAUAGGUGAAGGAGGAUUCAGCAGAGUUUACCGUGCAACUUGGAACCAAAAUAUUUUGUAUGGCACACUGAAAUGGUGGGUCGGUGAGAUGGAGAAACAGAAUUUCGACAAGAUUUAUAAAAUUAUUUACGAGGAGGCUUCGGAUAGUGUCAAACAGCACGGGGUUGGCAUGGGAAAGAAUUUUGGUGAGAGUGGCAGUAAGAAGGGAUUUAUGAAUAAGGUUUCGACUAGGCUCGGGCACAUGAGGGGGAAUUCGAAAUCUGGAGAUUUGGCAAUUUGGUGUGACAGAGUCGUCGUCAGAGUUAUGGAUGAGGUUGCACAAAAGCGUUUGACGGUGCCCGAUAAGCAGUACACCGGAACCAUUCCUCAGCAUGUCGCACUCAAAAAAUUGAUUAAUUCGCAAAGUAUUUCCUGUUCGGAAUUGGUUCGUGAGUUACAAACAUAUUAUCGCUGCAUGAAUUUGGGAAGGAUUCCUCAACUCUACGGAAUAUCUCGUGAACCCGAAACGAAAGAUAUUGUAAUAGUAACACAAUAUGCUCCCGGCGGCAAUUUACGCCAUCACAUCAAAGAAAAUUAUGAAAACAUGAAUUGGCGGCGCAAAGUUGCCAUAAUAUUUGACGUAGCAAAAAGCUUGAAGACAAUUCAUAGUUACGGCUUCGUUCACCGCAAUUUACAUAGUGGGAAUGUGUUGAUUGAUGUUGAUCCUCAUGAUCCUACCACAACACCACAGGAACGACAGGAACGAUGCAGUAAAAUGUCAUCAACGUUCAGACACGAAACACUAAUAUCGGACCUAGGUAUCUCAACUCCAGCAAUGGAAUUUUCGAACCCAUAUCAAAAGAAACGAUACGGAAUUCUUCCCUACAUGGCGCCCGAGGUAUUGCAAGGCGGUGAGUAUUCACGGCCAUCAGAUGUCUACGGUUUUGCCAUUGUAAUGUGGGAGUUGUCAUCCGGUGAAUUGCCAUAUCAGUCAAUCCCUCAUGACAAGAAAUUGGCUGAAGAGAUUUGCGAUGGGAAGAGACCGGAGAUCACACGGGAUACUCCAAAAUUUUAUGCAAAUUUGAUGGAGAGGUGUUGGGAUUCGUCAGCAGCAAAAAGACCGGGCAUCGAUGAGAUCGUAAAGACGAUCGGAAAUUGGAGAAAACCUCUUGUCACGGAUUCAGGAUUAUUCGAUAAGGCAGAAGAGAUUAGGAGGCUAAUAUUGGAAGAAAACGUAGUUGGAAGGAAAAAUGUGCACGAGGGGGCGGUAUAUCUUAGUAAACCAUUGAGCUUUGGGAAAAUUUAG